AUGACGGAUCACAACUUAGGCUUAACUGAUAUUAACGAUGAAUUGAAAAAGAAGGAUGUAUAUCAGGAGUAUGUGGAUUAUAUCGAUGACAAGGUUUGCUUUUCCUUGUUUCAAUUAAAUGUUGUGCGAAUUUUACUUUAAAGAAAUCUUGUGAUGGGUUCAUAAAAUUUUUGAAAGCUAAAAUUUAAGCUAAUUUAUGAAAUUUAGGAUGAUGUCAAUUUUUACGGAGCGAAAAUUGAAGAAAUGAUUCGAGCGCAAGGAAAAAGACUGAUUAUCAAUCUAAACGACUUGAGGGAACGGCUAUCACAUCGUUUGCAGGAGUAGGUUUUGUUUUCUUAUUUUUGAAAAGUUUAGGUGAUUUUGUUAGUUUGACGUUUGAUUUAGUCGUUUAACUAUAUCAAAGCAUUCCGUUAUUUGAAUUAUAUCUUUAUAGAUUGGUUGUAAACUUCGCUUUUGAAAUUCAGUGUUUGGAAGAGGCUGUUCGCACAGUUGUUAACAGAACGGAUGCUGAAUUUGCAUCAGCUAAUGAAGUUCAUGUUGGUUUUGAAGGUAGCUUUGGUGAUAGGCACGUAAACCCAAGGUCUUUGAAGUCGGACUUUUUAGGAAAUUUGGUAUGCUGCGAAGGAAUUGUGACUAGGUGUAGGUAUUUUUGAAUUAUUGUUUUGUUAUUUUAUAUUUAUUUGAUAUUUGUGUUUUAGGUUCUUCUGUGAAACCAAAAAUUGUAAAGUCUGUUCAUUACUGUCCUGCCACUAACAAAUCUUUAACGAAAACUUAUACUGAUCUUACUAAUUACAACAGUUUUCCAUCAAGUAAUGUUUAUCCAAAGGAGGAUGAAAACAAGAAUCCGCUUGAAACAGAAUUUGGAUUGUCUAUGUUUAAGGAUCAUCAAAUUUUUGCUAUUCAGGUAAGACUGAAAUUGGAUUUAUGGUUGGAGCUGGGAAACCUCUAUUUCCCUCCCCCCCCCAAUAAAAAAAUCUGUAGCAACAUCUAUGGUUGGAGCGCUUUUUCUCUUUUUUUCUUAUUUUUGACUUUUAGGAAUUACCAGAGACCGCACCACCUGGACAAUUGCCGCGUUCAGUAGAUGUGAUUGCUGAUGGAGACUUGGCUGAUUCAUGCAAACCCGGAGACCGUAUUCGUGUAGUUGGCCUUUUCCGUGUGCUUCCGAAUAAACAACAAGGAGCUUCUAGUGGAAACUUUAGAACAAUUCUGAUUGCCAAUAAUGUUAUAUUGCUGAGCAAAGAAUCAUCUCCGAAGUUCGAUCAACAAGACGUCAAAAACAUCUCUAGGUUAUCUAAACGCAAGGAUAUUGUCGAUUUAUUGGCUAGAUCUUUGGCUCCUUCAAUUUAUGGACACGAGGAAGUUAAAAAGGCGGUUUUGUGCUUGUUAUUGGGUGGAUGUGAAAAGAUUCUUGAAAACGGUUCAAGGUUGAGGGGUGAUGUUAACGUUCUUUUGAUUGGAGAUCCGUCAGUGGCAAAGUCUCAAAUUCUCAGAUAUGUUUUACACACUGCACCCAGAGCUAUUGCUACAACUGGAAGGGGAAGUUCGGGUGUUGGAUUGACUGCGGCGGUCACAACUGAUUCUGAUACUGGAGAUAGACGACUGGAAGCUGGUGCUAUGGUUUUAGCUGAUCGUGGUGUCGUCUGUAUCGAUGAAUUUGAUAAGGCAAGUUUAUUUUUUAAGGUGAACAGAUGUAAUAUUGUUAUAAAUGGGUGUUUGUUUUCUUAUUCAUUUUGUUGUUUUUUUAUAAAUAACUGCAGAAAAAUUAAGAUUUUUAAAUGACAAUAUUUAUAUUUUUAGAUGACAGACAUUGACAGGACAGCUAUUCAUGAAGUGAUGGAACAGGGACGUGUUUCAAUAUCUAAAGCUGGCAUUCACGCUAAGCUAAACGCGCGUUGCUCGGUAUUAGCUGCCGCUAAUCCUGUAUACGGACGUUACGACUUAUUCAAGUCACCGAUGGCAAAUAUUGGCAUGCAAGACUCUCUGUUGUCUCGUUUUGAUCUUAUCUUUGUUAUGUUGGACGAGCACGAUAUUGAUAGAGACACUCGGGUAGCUUCAAAUGUGCUAAAGUUGCACAGAUACAGAUCUCCUGGAGAACCAGAUGGAGCAGUUUUAUCCAUUCAAGCUGCUGUCGAAUCAUUGACCACAUUUGAAGCGGAAGUUGAGGAAAGCACAGUGGAUAUUUAUGAAAAGAAUAGAGGAUGGACUGCUGUUAAUGAUAUGUACGUUUGGAUGCUUAUAAAAGUAUUACUUAUUAAUAAUUAAUUUUAAGACUUAAUAUUCUUAUAUUUUAAUAUUGUUAAUCAUGUUCGUAUAUUAUCUUUCAGAGAUAAGAUUUUAACUACUGGAUUUUUGCGUAAGUAUGUUCACAUGGCGAAGAGUAUCAAACCACAAUUGACGGAGCAAGCCUCAGCUUAUAUUACUGAAUGCUACACCGAGCUAAGGUCGUACGAAAAUGAUGGCGAAGACCGCACAAUGCCGGUUACAGCACGACAAUUGGAAACUUUAAUUCGUCUGUCAAUUGCUAUGACUAAAGCCAGGUUGGGUACUAAAGUUGAGAAGUCUGACGCUGAAAAAGCUUUUAAUUUGUUGCACUUUGCUAUGUUUAAAAAGAAGCCGAAGGAGAGAACUGACAAGAAGAAAAGGGAAGCCGAUCAAUCUGAUGGUGAGGAAAUGGAAGUUGUUCAGGAACAGCGUUCUACAAGACGGAGACGAGCUGCCGAAGACGCGGGUGAUCGACAAGAUGAGGAAGAACAAAACCAAGAAGCACCUGCUUCAAAAAGAGCAAGAAAUGAUGAUGGGGUUGGUGUGGAUCGGUAAGACUUUAUUUAUCUUACUUUGGGCAAAUAAAAGAUUAAAAACUUUUUGAAGUAACGUAGUGAUUAUCAUAAGAUUUUUUGAAUUUCGUUUUAGGUUUGUUCGCUUCAAACAAUGUCUUCGCGUCGCUUUUGACGAAACCGAGAACCCUGAAGGCAUGCACCCAAUGACUACUAUUGUUGAGCUAAUUCAGAAGCAAAUGGGUCAAUUCCCCUUUACUGAAUCCGAACUCAAGGCUUCGUUUGAACUUUUGGAAGCUGAAAACGUUUGUAUGAUCUCAGACGAUCAAGUUGUGCUUGUAUAA